UUUACAUGCCAAAUUUUUGUUUUGCAAAACAAUCAGCCAAUGGCAAAAUGUGAAAAUUUGUCGCGAAUCCAUGCCUACACUACAAGUAAAUAAAAUGACUUGAUUUGGCUUAAUCCCUAUCUACACAUUAAUAUUACAAAUUCAUCUAUUUAUCAUCACUGCCUUGCCUUUUCCCUUUACAAUUUAUAGUGUUAAUUACAUUCUAUAGUGUCAGUUCUGUUUAAAUAAUAACGACUGCUCUGCAUCCCAUUCUAGUCAAAUAACCCCAAGAUACUGAGAAUGCCUUAUGCUAUUGCAUCUCAUAUCCUAUUGUAUUUGAACUAACUGGCAUCACAAUGGAUGUUUAGCUAAAUACCAGUACCAUGUCAAAAGAGUGACUUUUCUUAACAUUUCUGUGUCUGUUGAUCCAGAACCUAAAAAUAAAUUUUGUAAACUACUACAAAAACUUUUUCGCAACAAUUGCCCUAUUUUAUAUUGGAAAGGUUUUCAGUCUGUAGCCUGUAGAGAGCUAGGAAUGGCAUUCCUAAACUUCUGUUAAUGUUCUUGUGAAAGAACAAACUUCUGUUAUCUGCUGUGCAACCUGCGUUUUUCUCCUUUUUAAGCUUUACUGGCUAACCCCCAUGGCUACACAGCAGCUUUUGUAUAUAAACUAUAGUAGUGCUUCUGUAACAAACACUCAAAUGUUACCAGUGCAGGGCAACAGUACAUUAUACUUUAGUUACUUUAAAACACUUUCAUUUUGGUGUUACUGUUCCUUUAAGUGUGACAUCACAAUGGAUGUUUUGUUAACUGAGAGAUUCCAGUGAGUGUGUGACAUCACAAUGCAUGUUUGGAUCAGUCAGGAGAGAAUCCAGACUUUACCAUUUACAUUUAGACUUCCGUUGGAGACAGACAGUAGAACCUUUUGGGGUUUUACUGUUAGUCUUCGGCGGUAGUUUUUUUGUAUUUAACAUGGCCAGAGGAAAACAAACCUUUUGGAAUUUUCUAUUAUUUAUUCUAUUAAUAACACUUUGCAAAGGAUCAGCUACAAAAAAACAUGCUACAGAUGUAACAACUGAAACAAGCAUUGAAGAAAGCUCAGACAUAGAAAGAAUAAUCAAGGAUUUUUUGAAACAGUCUGAAGAUGUUACUGGGAAAACCACAUCUGUGCAAAGUAUAACUAAGGAUUAUGUCAAAAAAUAUGAAGAUGUUACUGGGAAAACGACACCUGUGGAAAUUUCAAACACAGAAGAUGACAGUGACACAUAUUUCGAUGAAACUGAAAAAAGCAUAAUUAAGGAAAGAAGGAUUCAAGAUGCAACUAAAUCUCCUGAAGACAGCACUGAGGCAAGCAAAUAUGAAGAAACAACAGAUAAACAAGAGGAGGAUGUAGAAGUAAUAACUAGUGGAGUCGAGAGACAAAUCGCUAACCAGAUGAGCUCCAUCAUGACAACUACAACAGCAGCACCAUCAGAAAAAGAGAAAAUCCUAAUGAUGGUAGAAGACUUGGAGAGCAACAAUCAAAUGAAUCUGAUUAUCAUUUGUUCAGUCCUGGGAAGUGGAUUUUUAAUAGUGAUUGCCAUAUUGCUGUGCAUAGCAAGGUCCCUUUCAAAAUUAUCCAGAGAAAAGGACCAACUGUCUGAGGCAGAACAAGGAAAUUUAUAAUGACUUAAUUAUGGAACAUCACAUCAGAAAUUAAAAUCCACAGAAAUGCAUUUUAUGUUUAAAAACCCUCCAUUACCCCCCUCAGUGUAGUGUUACACCAAUCGUAAAUACAGUUAUAAUUUGGAAGACACAGAGUGUAACAAUGGGCUGAGGGGUGGUGGUGCAAUGCAACAAUAGGAUCAAAUAUAAAAAUAAUACACUAGCCGAUUAUUGCAUUGCAAUGACCCCAAAUCCCAGACUAGGACAUGUAUAACAUCUGACCUAAAUCCGAAUGUACUGCUGGGUGAGGGGGUGGGUAU